AUUGCUGAAAUGCGCGAGGCCGACUUUGAAGCGCUCGGCGUUAAACGUGGACACCGGAGGGUAAACACAACGCCUGUGGGCCCAGCAGGGUUUGUGCCUGGGCCCCUCGUGAUAACCACCAGCCAGCUUAGCCCAAGGCCGCGCGGUCUGUCAUCAGCGUCAUCUGCGCCUAGUCGUACAACACGGUCUCGCCACAGCUCACAUGUCAGCACGGCGUCGCCGUACAGGAGGCCCGGCGUCGACCCACAUUCGCCACGACUGCCGACAUCGGAGACAAGCUACCCGCAAACCAGACAGGAUCGGUCACCGCAGUCACCUGGAUCGUCGAAGCGGAAAUAUAAGCGACACCCAAAGAAGGACAUUCAUGGCCCUGCAAAAUGGCGAUCAGCGUACCAGCUGUUUCGCGACGAUAUCUACCAGGAGCUGCAGGGCCAGGGCAUCGAGUUUGGGAAUAUGUCGAAGAUCCAAAGCGAGCGGUGGCGUGCCCUGGAUGCGGAGUCCAAGGAGCGUUACGAGGAGCGUGUUCGCCAGGAUAAGGCGCGGUAUGAACAACAGAUGGAAGCGUAUAUGCAAACAUCAGAGUACCAUGCCUAUCAAGCGUACUUGGAGAGAUUCCAUGCCCAGGAAAACACCGUUAACCGAGUUGGUCGGCCGCGGGGCAGGACUAACUCAAGGUCCAGACAGGCAGUGCAGCACACUGCACAGCGCCAAGAGCCUGAUCCAGAUCCGUAUAUCGAGGGCGUGGGUAGGCAGUCGCGCUCCUCAUCAAUGACGAUCGAUGAUCAGUCAGUAGGCGAAUAG